AUGUCUGGUUUAAAAACUGAAAAUCUGAAGUUGUUUGGUUUGUUCAUCGUCUCAAUUCCUUUGCUCAUCUAUUACUGCUCAAGAGAUAAGCCUGAGAAGAAGAUAGAAAAGGAGCAUGAAGAAGAAUUAGUUGAUAUCAAGUCAUGGUCUGAACUUGAUGCCAACUUAUUGGGUGAAAUUCUAAGCCGACUCUGUCUCACUGCCCAGGCUCGUUUUCGUGUUGUUUGCAAGAACUGGCUGCCUGUUGAUCCCAUCAUGACUACAAAAUCAUUACCUUGGUGUCUAACUUUGGAUCCUUCACUUACACCUGUAACAAAGCGCUUAGAUAUUCAACUCUAUGAUGCUUCUUCAUCUCCGAACCUAGCUUCGCAACACUAUAUAUCGUUGGCUAAAUUAGGCAUUCCGUCUUCUUCUUAUAUGAAAAUUAGACCUAGCGUGAGGCACAACUGGUUAUUAAUUAGCAUGCGUCAACGAAGAUUGUUUUUUUGGCUUCGUAGAUACUGGUUAUUGUUCUCGCCUUUCACUAGAAAAAUCAUCACCCUCCCAAAGUUUGACUAUCCACGCCGUUUUUUAUUUCACUCAACCUUUUCCACCCAACCUGAUUCUCCGGAUUGCGUCUUUUUUCUUGUAGACGCUAGUCAUGCCGGCAAAAUUGCUCUUUUAACAUAUCGAAGUGGUGACAAAGAAUGGACUGCUAAACAAUUUGACACUGUGCCUAAUUUUGCGCGGUGUUCUUGCAGUCUUGUCUGCCUUGGUGGAUUGUUGUACAUUGUAUCUCCGUGUGGACAAUUAGCUACCUAUAACUAUAAUAUUCUUGACGGGGAACUCAAGUUUGAAUGUUUGCUGGUAAAACGGCUCUUUGUCCGAAAUUUUCGUUCGUCAAGGAUACCCAGAGUGUUCGAGUUGGAUGGAGAGCUGACGAUUCUGUAUUGUGGCUCAGAUGCACAAGAGAAUGCCACUUUAGCCGGAGCUAAACAGUGUAUACAAAGAUAUAAUCGGGCAGAGAAGUCUUGGACUCCUCUAAGUAGCUUGGGCGAUAAAGCAUUAUUUGUGAGCGACAAAAACUUGCAAGUCGCCACAUUAAAUAAAAAGGAUAUGAGAAAUAACGGAGUAUUAUUAGACAAGAUAUAUCAUUUUUCGGAUGGUGGGUGCAUUGUUUACUCCAUAGAGAAUGGUGAAUUAGUUGAAUUCAAGUCUAAUCCAAACUUGUUGGAGGAUGAUGCUCGUCACUUUCAUGAAUACAAGAAUACUUGUGCGACUACUCUUUCAGAUACAGGUAAGUUGAUUUUUUGGUUGGAACCUCCUUGUGUCCGUGUUGCUUAUCCUGGAAUAACCAAGGACUAUUGA